UUCUUCGUCUUCCUCUCGACGCAGAACGAAAGAGAGAGAAAACACCGUGCUUUGACGAAGAAGAUUCUCUAAUCUCUUCGUUGUUAGGUUUAGCUCUUUUGACAAAAAAGGGGAAUUAGCGAAGAGUGAUGCGAUUUUCUUCACCAGGCGGUGUUUGAUUCGCUUAUCGAUUUGUUUAGUGUUAUAUAUAUAGAAGACUCUAGAAAAUGAUGAUGAUGGGUUUCGAGAUCUCCGAUGAGUUUCUGGGAACGUUCGUGCCGAUUGUGGUGUAUUGGGUGUAUUCAGGGAUGUACAUUUGCUUAGGAUCUUUGGAGAGGUAUCGAUUGCAUUCCAAGGUGGACGAGGACGAGAAGAAUCUCGUCACCAAAUCCGCCGUCGUCAAGGGCGUUCUCCUUCAGCAGGCUCUCCAGGCCAUCAUCUCCGUUAUCCUCUUCAAGAUAACAGGAAGUGAUGAUGCAGAUGCGUCUACGACGCAGCAAUUCUCCCUUCUACUCCUCGCUAGGCAGUUCAUCAUCGCCAUGCUCGUUAUCGACACUUGGCAAUACUUCAUCCAUCGCUACAUGCACAUCAACAAGUUCUUAUACAAGCACAUCCACUCUCAGCACCAUCGCCUCAUCGUUCCCUAUUCAUACGGAGCUUUAUACAACCAUCCACUAGAAGGCCUUCUCUUGGACACCGUUGGUGGUGCUUUGUCUUUCCUCUUCUCCGGUAUGUCCCCAAGAACCGCCAUCUUUUUCUUCUCCUUCGCCACCAUCAAGACGGUUGACGAUCACUGUGGACUCUGGCUCCCCGGAAACCCCUUUCACAUCUUCUUCACUAACAACUCUGCUUACCAUGAUGUUCAUCAUCAGCUCUAUGGAACCAAAUACAAUUUCUCCCAGCCCUUCUUUGUGGUGUGGGAUAGGAUUCUCGGUACUUACUUGCCUUAUUCGCUUGACAAGAGAGCCACUGGAGGGUUUGAGACACGGCCAAUCAAAGUAUCCAAAGAUGAGUAACUUUUCUUCUUUUUUUUCGAGUUUCUUUAUCAUUUGCUCGCUAGAGAACCACUGUAACCUCUCUGUGUACUUGUAACUGUGUACAUACAAUCCCAAUCUCUCCUUUUCAAUCUGCGGGCUUAUGUGUAAGCUAGCCACUAAAAUUCAUUUUGUAAUAUCCAAAACUUCAGAUAUUCUCUAUUGGAUCUGCUUGUGAGAGUCUCA